GUUGGAAAAAAGCGAGCGGCGUUCUGUCAACGGAUCGAGAGAGAGAGAGGGCGUUUGAAUGCCGCCGCUACUGAUGUGCUAAACAUCAACCGUCCCCUCGGUAACGCGCGCGAUCGAGGCGGUAAUUCGCGUGUGCGGUUAGUUUUUUCGUUUGUCUAAUAAUCGACUUCGUGUUCGCGAGGAUGUCGUCGUCCCUCUCGGUCCUGGCGAGCUACGACGAGCUCGUCAGAUGCACCAAUGUCCUGGUCAACGGUUCCUGCGAGGGAGAAUUUCUACAAUUCGCAAUUAAUCAAGAGGAAAUGCGCCAGAAGUGGCUAGCUUCUGUGCAAGAGUGCCAACGUUUACAUUCUGCUUUGGAGAAGGCUCACGAUGAAGCAGCCAAACUAGAGCACAAAGUUAGCCAUGCCAGGCGCUUACUGGAUGAAGAGAGGAGGAGGCGGAGAACUGCUGAAGAACAGCGCAAUGCAUCUGAACGACAAAUCACUUUGGUGAGAGAUCUUUUGCUCAAUGACGGAGGUAGAAACCUGAAUGAUGAAACCAGAGAAAAGCUUCAAUUUCUUAACAACACAACUCUCAAUGGACGGCAUAGCAACAGUCACUUCAAAGACCAUCUUCAUGACAAACUGAACACAAUAACGGAGCUGGACUCCACUGGUUCUCUGCUAAGUGAUAGCUGUUUCUCCAAAUCCGAAGAUGAUUUGGACACAAGCAUCAUACUCCAGCAGAACCACAAAAAACGGGAAUGGAAGGAGCACCGGCCCAGCGGCGAGUAUGUGAUCAACAAGAGGCGCAGGAGCGCCCUACAAAAGGCCGUCGAUCUCAACAGUUCAGACAGGAUAGUGGCUACUACAACCCUUGUGAUGCCAAAGGAUGGCGCGAUCACCGCGUCUUCAGUCAUCGAGGCCAUCCCUGGAGAUGAGAACAAGGAUCCACAGCACAGCACCUCGUCACAACAAUUAAACAGCUCGCGCAAGAGGCGAAAGAGUGCCGAACGCAACAGCAAAUCCCGUGGCGGUCAAAUGGACAAGGAUCCUAUCCCCUCAGCACCGAAAGCGGAAAUAAUGACAUCGAAUUCCGAUUCAGAAAAUUGUUUCAAACCCAGUCCAAACAUCGGCGGCUAUACAAUAAGUACUAAAGCUUCUUCCCGAGGUCACAAUUUCAUGGAGAAGAAUUAUGUGAUAAAACCUGAAGUGUGUACACCCUGUGGAAAAAGAAUUCGUUUCGGUAAAGCUGCUAUCAAGUGCAGAGAUUGCAGGUCAGUAUGCCAUUUGGAGUGCAAAGAUCUCGUGCCACUUCCAUGUGUCCCAACAGGAAAUACCCCACUUCGCGGGAUGACGGGAACAAUCGCUGAUUACACCCCGAGGAUGCCACCAAUGGUUCCUUCACUGGUAGUUCACUGCAUCAACGAAGUCGAGUUACGCGGUAUGAACGAGCAAGGCCUGUAUCGCGUGAAUGGCGGCACUGCCGAUGUCAAGAAUCUUAAAGAGAAAUUUCUGAGGGGUCGUGGUGCACCCAAUUUGUCAGAGGUCGACAUUACUACUAUCUGCUCGACUCUUAAGGACUUCCUGCGUUCAUUGAAAGAGCCUCUCAUAACUGUUGCACUUCUUGACGACUUUGCCCGAGCGGCAGCCAUUCGCGACAAGCAGGAUGCCGACGCCGCGAUGUAUCAAGCUAUCUCGGAACUACCGCAACCCAACCGCGACACUCUAGCUUUCCUCGUUCUGCAUUUACAGAGGGUCUCUAGCAACCCCGAGUGCAAGAUGCCCAUCAGUAAUCUUGCCAAGGUAUUUGGACCAACUCUUGUGGGCUACAGUUGUCAGCACCCAUCGCCAUCGUCCAUGCUCUCGGAGACGAAGAAUCAAGUAGCGAUCGUAGAGAGUUUACUGAACAUACCAUCUGAUUAUUGGGCAAAUUUUGUCAACCCUGAACAGUUGAACGACAUCGGCACGCCCAAAACAUCACGAUUAGAUCUGAGACAUACGCCUUCUACAGAAUCGCUUCCAGCGUUAAAACGUACAGCUACAACUACAAAAGGAUUUUUCCAAACACCGAUCAGUUCUUCAAAAUCAUUCAUGAAGAAAAACAAGAAAUAUUUUGCAACACCGCCUUCGAAGCAAACUUAUUGAACAAGUAGACUGUUUUCUAUUUGCUCAUUUUUAGUCACUAGGUGCAUAGAAUGUACUUUAUAAGCACUCUCUUAAACGGAUAUAAACGUUUUGUUUAUAAUUAUUAUUAUUUAUAUGGCUUUCAAAAGAAGAAAACGAUAUUUGCGUAAGAUAUCUUUUUUAUUAUUUGACUAAUAUGUAUAUUUUCAGUACAAAACGUUUUGUUGUUAUUAUAUCAUUUUAAAAUGUAUUGACUAAUCGAGGUAUAAUAUAAACAGUAUGUACUUAUUUUCUCAAUGCCUCAUUUUAGUUUGUACAGAAUAAUACGUAUCGCGUUCAUAGAUAUAACAAAGUUAACAAAAAUAACAACGCUUAACUGUAUCAACUCUUUAACAAAAAAAAAAAUCGACAAAGGGAUGUACAAAAGCCUUGCAGGCUUGGUAAAUGUAAUCCGAUGGAACAUGUCAGAGUCUUGCCUGCUUCCUUCAGAAGAAUUAAUUUAGUUUAAAAAAAAAUGUAAUGUAAACAAUGUAGUUCAAUCGCGCAGUCUCGUUUGCUCAGUAAAGAGUAGAAAAGCGCAUUUGCGUGAUCACGAGUAAGGAACAAGUUCAACGAAUCAUCAUUUUGCAUUUGUACAGAAUUUUUCUUUGAGCUCCCAGCACGAUUCCCAGAAUCUCUUUAGGCGAUUGUCACCGUUCGAACAGAAGUGCCUGAAGUCUUGAAUGAUCUUCUUUUGAAAAAGUUCGUCGCCGGUGCUCGUAGUGGGAUACUUCCACUUUCGGCUCAGCAUGUGAUUCCACGACCACAGGAAUCCCAUCUGAAAUAUGACAUUUUUAUAUUUAAACGUAAACAUUAUUUUCGCUAGUGAAUGUUUCAGCGAUGUCAAUUAUUUUAUAUAGUGUACCGAAAUAAAAGAUUAAUCAAAGAAAAA